AUGCCACCAGACCUCCCCCUUAUCGAUGCACAUUGUCACGUCUCAGGCAAUACCAGAGUCCAGGACGACGACGACGGAAUACAGCGAUGUCUCAUGAGCACCAACCAAACCGACUUGAAGGCUAUCCGGAGCGCAAAAGAGAGGCUCGGGGGCCGCGUAUUUGCUGGUUUUGGCGUGCACCCGUGGUAUAGCCAUUUGUUUGUGGAGCUGAACAAGCUGAACAAGCUGGAACACUAUUCUAGUGUGUUGAGGGGACCCGAUAGCGAGGCAAUUGCUGCGCAAUUGCCCGAGCCUGUGCCGUUGCAGCAGUAUAUUGAUGAGUGUCUUGGCCAGUGCCAAGGCACUGGCCAAGAUACUCCCCAGUGGGCCUCUUGCAUUGGCGAAAUAGGGCUCGAUAAGGUGUUUCGGAUUCCUGAGCCAGAGCCAGGGCCCGGGUCAGAGUCCAGUCCCAAGGCCAGUCCCAAGGCCAGUCCCAAGGCCAAUCCCAAGACCACCCUCUCCCGCUCCCGCACUACAAUGGACCACCAAAUAGCCAUAUUCACAUCCAUGCUCGACCUGGCCUGUGCCAAACGUCUCCCCGUCUCCAUCCACUCCGUCAAGUGCCACGGCAAAGUGCUCGAGAUAUGCACCAAAAAACUGCUCGACUCGAGCGUCAACGUGUGCAUACACUCCUUCACGGGCACCCUCGACACCCUACACCUGUGGCUUGCCACGUUCCCGCACGAACGGCUCUUCUUUAGCGUUUCCUGGAUAAUCAACGUCAACAGGGCCCAGGCCCAGGGCCAAGCAGCGUCCACCAACCUCCUCAAACACAUCCCAUUGCAAUGCAUCCUCACGGAAACGGACUGUUGCGUGGACGUGGAGCCGCUAGACUCGCAGCGGCGCAUGCUCACGCGCGUGCUCGAGGCCAUUGCCGAAGCCCACUCGAUGAGCAUCGAAGACGCAGCCGCAACAGUGCAGCGCAACUUCGCCAGGUAUAUAGGGGAAACACAUAGUUGA